AUCGUCUCGGCAAACGGAACCCACCCAGCUCGAUUUUCUGCUCGGUGGUAGUUUCGGGCGUUUCUGAUUUUUAUGACACACUCCGGAUAUUAAGGCCCCUCGCAACAUAAAACGCGGCUUUUGAAUUAGCAUGAAGAAGCUGUUCAUUUAGCAGAAGUUUAUUAUGGGGCAGCAGGCCAGCUCCGAGUUCGCUGGAAACUUCUUUCGUCAAACGCAGACGUUGAGGGAGCUGACCACCAUAACUUACGAUGGAUUUUUGGCCAAAGUCCGGGAGCUUAACGAAAUAUCCCAGUCGCUGACAGACUCCAGAAACAGGAGCCUAGUCUUUGAAGUCAGAGCGCCCACGGAGACACCCGUGCUAUGGAAAAAAGAAGUUCGCGUUUGCUGCAGAAGAGUGGCAGCUGACAGUGCAAAGUCAGCCCCAAAGACAGAGUCCAUGCGGCUAAUGUCGUUAAGGCAGUUCCUCCAGGCGUACCACACCAUCAAGGCAUACCAUUCCGCCGCCAUGGAUAGCAGUGCCAGCUCGACUGCCGGCACUAAAGCCAAGGGUGCUCCGCCGCCGAAGAACCUCUGCACGUCUGCACUUUUUAAUGGGGUGCUUGAUGUUCCCGAGAGCGAUCUUGAGGAGUGUUGCGUCUGCAUGGAGCGCAAGCCUGAAGUCACUCUUCCCUGCACGCACAGUUACUGCCUCUUUUGUAUCGAGCAGUGGAAUGUUUCGAACACAACUUGCCCGCUGUGUCGAGAGGAGUUUGACACCACGGACGACACGUGGGUCAUUUCGGAAGCGCCAGAGUCGGAGGAGGUUCUCAACGAAAUGCAGAAGGCACUCGUCGAGAUCUCCACGCGCCACAGCGGUGACGAAGGCUGUUCCACGUGAAACCACGGGCGCCGACUUCAUAAACAACUUGUGCAGACUGUUUGCUUCUUCGCGUCGGAACUUGUGCUGACGCAGCGACUUAUUUAACGCGUGAUUGCAGCAUAAUGUCAGUAAAGGCUCUGCACUAAAGAAAAAAAGAUGCGGUUUCCCCAAUGCCAGGCGUGAUGGCCAAUGCUGGUUUUUUGGCCGGGUUUAGCCUAGGCUCUUUCGCUGCGGUCUGUUGACAGCUUAUUUCACGAGAGCCGUAUUGCUGGCUGGUAUAUCCCUCUAUUAAUAGUAAUGUUAUUGUUUAUUUCUACAAAUGUUACCAUCAUCGUUUUUUUAGGUUUGACCAGGUAGGUAUCGAUACCAACUGAGCAAUUUGCAAGGUUUUCUGUUGGAGUUGGCAGCUCGAUCAAGAUGUGUCUAAUUUGGUUCGAGUCUCAUUCAUGCUGAUGUUGAUAUUGAUCUUGACGUCCAACGCGCAGGAAGGAGUGAAUGAAGACGACUAAUGAGGGUCGAUUUUUUUUAACUUUUCGAUGGGAUGAUUGUAGCUAUUGUGACAUAGUCGUUGAAAAUGUUUUGUUUCAUGCACCUUUUCUUUCGGUGGUGUCAUUGCUCAGGGCCAACUUGCUAGAACAGCGUCCCAGCCGAGACUGGGUGAAAAAAAAAACACUGCAAAGGCUGGAUGGAUGGAUGGUAGGUAAUGGCUAUACCCUUUAUAACGGGCAGCAGCUUGCGCCGCCUAGCCUAACGUUUCGUCAUCCCUUCUUUUUUUUUUAAUUUGUAUAAAUUUUGUUUUGUCACAACCCUACCCCCCUCCUUUUUUAAAGUAUUUCCAUUGUUUAUUUUAUUUGUAUUUUUACCCCUCCCUAGAUCUUUUCUACCAAUCUUCCAAUCUCCUCUUAGUUACCGCAAUUCUUUCCCUAUCCAUUCGUCCAUUCAUGUCUGUGAAUCCCAGUUCUCUCUCCGAAUCCAUAUCCAUCCCCCCCCCCCCAAAAGGGUGGGACGAAGCCCCAUGCACCUUGGGGUGUCUUGAGACCUGGUCUGAGUCCCGCUCGGCUCAUGUGCUGGCUUUGGCAGUGCUUUCUUUCACCCAGUCUUAGCUGAGAUGGUGCAUCUAGAAAGCCGGCCCUGGUCUUUCAUCACCACCGUGUCGUGCGAGCUGUCUUGGACUUCCGAAGCUUGUGUGGGUCAGUAAGCUCUUGGUAGCCCACAGAAAGUUUCUCCAACUUCUCUUCUAAGCUUCUAAUAGCUACAGCUUACCUGAAGCUUCACCAAACUGCUUUUGAUCAUAGCUUUGGUUGCAUGCAAAAAACCUGCUUUUCCCAGUUGAUGGAAAUAGCUCGGGCAGCUCUUCAGCAGAGGCGUCUGCUUUGCCUACUUUGUGAAUCGCAUGUAUCCAGGGGUACUGCGAUCUUUUGUUUAACCCGAGGUUCGACAAGCUCAUCUAACCUUCACACUUUUGGCAAAAUUUGACAAGGUUCGACAUUUAGACAGUGUAGCCCGACUUGCCCACAAACAUUUCAAAAUUUUGGAGAAAAUUAGUUUAUAAAGUAUGGUUUCUUUUACAUUUCAGAAAUGUUACCAAUGUUUAUGCAAUAUUAAAGCAAAUAUAUAAUAUUUUAAUGACUUGCUAGUUAGUUAAUUACCCUCCUCCACCAAGUAGCAUCAGCACGUUCUCAAUUUUCGCACAUGUGCAUUUUAGUCAAACUUCAGUUGAGCUUUUGUCGGCCUUUGCAAUAAAAGAAUGCAAAUGUUGAACUUUCUUGAACUCGACCUUUGGUAAGUUUGCAACACUCCUACUUGUAGCUAGUCAAUGGGACAUUUCUGUCCAAAUGCCACCAUACCUAUGUAAAGAUGCCAGGAUAACUAGUGUGAUCGAUAGGUGGUGCAAGAGCAUCCUGGGGAUCUUGGAUGAGUGUCUACUCUGAAGAUUCAUCUUUAUAUCGCUGGUUUUAAAUAUUUAUAUUUGUGCAGCGUGGCUUUUCCCUCAUUUGCUUCCAGUUCAUUGUGAGUCAUCUUCACUUGUACUGAGAGCACUGUAUCCAUUGAAGGAGUGCAUGGGGCUCUAAAGAAAACAGCUGCCGUUUUUUCUGGCACUUUAGGUAAAAACAGAAAAUAGAAUAUUUUAAGUUAGGAUUUUCUUUUGUGUGCUAAUUUGCCAAUGUUUUCCUCGGACACCAUAAGAAUGGUCUACAGUGUGUUGUACGAGAAAUGCUUCCAGUCAUAGGACUUGGCAUCAGAGGUAUUAUUUAUAAUUUUGAAGUGAGUUGGAUGUAGUCAGCUGCUUUCUGACUGCCAGCUUGCCUAUGAUGCUGUUUCAUUGUUGCCUGAUUUACUGCAAGAAGUUGCUGCAGCCUCAAUCUGAUUAGAUAUUAAGUAAAGUUUUUUUUAUAUGUAUUUAGUAGCCUUCUACGAUGCUACUACUGUUUGUUUGCCCUUUUUUUUCCAUUGACUCUAAUGUACUAUUUACACCUUUUUCGUCUCCCUUGCCUCCACAUUCGCUAUGCCAACCUCACUCAUAAUUUUUAAAGCUGUUGCAUUUACUUUACGUUAAGUACCAAAGCUCUGAUAAAGUUUACCGGCAUUUAGUAAAUGCUCACAGUUUAAACUAUUAUGAAAUUGCGCAAAAGGUAACUGCUGUGAUAUGCCUUAGGUUAUUAGCCAACCACCCAACUUAGUUUUGUUCCUACUGUAACCUCAAUUUUUGCUCAAAUUUGAGGUGGGUACUGUAAAAUAUUCUUUGUUUUCGCCUUCAUCGUUCUGCCUGAUGGUAUCCUUGAAGUGUAGAUGGUUGAGCGUGUUGGUUUCUAAUUUACGCUAAGGAAAGAGGGACAUUGUCUGUUUGUCUUCAAUGUCCCCCUUUCUAUCGUAAAGUACCCUUGAAGUUGUCUGCUAAAUACACUUGCGAUGGUGCGAUUGUCUGUUCUGUUUUGAGAAUGCUUGCAGGUCAAACGAAAAUGAAACCAGAAAUCCCAAGAGCAAGUUGGAGUCUGUGUAUAUCACUGGAACCAGCGUAUUCGCAGUAGAUUAUAGAUCUUUAAUUUCAUAAGGGACAAUAAAAAAAGCCCCGCAAUGGCUGCCAGAACCUUU